GCCUUGCGUGGCGUGGCGUUGCGUUCGCGCGAGUUGGAAUCGCAGCCUCCUAAACGAUGGCAGAUGAUUUGGACUUCGAGACGGGCGAUGCCGGGGCCUCCGCCACCUUCCCGAUGCAGUGCUCGGCAUUGCGCAAGAACGGCUUUGUGGUGCUCAAAGGCCGGCCAUGCAAGAUCGUGGAGAUGUCCACCUCCAAGACCGGCAAGCAUGGCCACGCCAAGGUCCACCUGGUUGGUAUUGACAUCUUUACUGGGAAGAAAUACGAAGAUAUCUGCCCGUCAACUCAUAAUAUGGAUGUCCCCAACAUCAAAAGGAAUGAUUUCCAGCUGAUUGGCAUCCAGGAUGGGUAUCUAUCACUGCUUCAGGACAGUGGGGAAGUGCGAGAGGACCUGCGCCUGCCCGAGGGAGACCUUGGCAAGGAAAUUGAGCAGAAGUAUGACUGUGGAGAAGAGAUCCUGAUCACGGUGCUGUCUGCCAUGACAGAGGAGGCAGCUGUUGCAAUCAAAGCUAUGGCAAAGUAACUGGCUCCCAGGGUGGCGGUGGUGGCAGCAGUGAUCCUCGAGCCUGCAGAGGCCCCCUCCCCCAGCCUGGCCCAGCUCUGGCCCGGCCUUUGGCUGGACUCCUACACAAUUUAUUAGACGUUUUAUUUUGGUUUCCCCCA